AUGUCGAAGUACCUGUUCAACUACAAAGACCAGCUGAUAAAGUUAUCCCUGAAGUCGUCAAAGACACUGUACAGACUGAAUUACAAUUACCAUAACCCUGAGGAUGCCGAAGGCUCAAAUUACAAGGACACUAACAAGUACAGUGACCACAUGGACAUUGUAAAUAAUUAUGUGCUGAGUAACUUCAAUAACUCGUUCUAUAAGCUGUGGUCAUAUCUGAACUGUAACUAUAAGCUAUACUCACUUUACUCUAACAACUGUAACAUAAACCCCUACUACAACAACGCCUCGCCGAGUAUUAAUAACGUGUCUGAAGCAGAUAACACAGGUGAGUCGGAUAACGCAUACUUUGACGAAACUGACGAUUAUAACCACUUGUUCAACCUGCUGGACGAUUACCAGAUAAUCAACUACGAUAACCUGUUAAUACCCAUGAUUCUACCCCUGAAGCUCAUUUUCUUCAAGUUAUACUACUACUCAAGUCACCAGAUUUAUUUAAACAACUUGGUGGAAACCGCUAAUAGGGACGAGAGUGACAUGGUGCUCAAGAGGAUCGUGGAUAAUCUUAGGAAGAUCAGGUUCAUCUCACUCCAUAACGCAAAGGGGAGAACUCUAAGCACCUUCUACUCCAUGUCAAACAUUACCAUGAAUGAGCAUUUGAACCAUUUGUCACUCCAGCUGCUUCUGGAACCAGUCAAGAGUGAUUUGUACCUACUGACUGAGCUUAAUACAAAUUUGUGCCCGUACCAGCUGAACAAGAACAUAACUACAAACGUGCUUAAUCUGUUAAUUCGGUAUAAUAAUUUACACAAACAGGGGAAAUUGGAUAAUAAUGACGCGGACAACAACUGGGUCAUUCUCUUAAGGCUUCUUAGGUACCUGAACACCUACUCAAAGUCUCAUGUCGAAGAAGCGUUUAAUAUUAGACAGGACCACUUUACUUUAUCUGAGAAGCUCCAAAUGCUCCUAAAGAUUAAGGAUAGUAAUAAUUCAGGCGGUAUUGAGCCUCACCCAAUUUUCCCAAUUUACGCAAUCGCCCACGGCUCAAGUAAUGAUAAAGCUCAGCCAUCAUACUCAGUCUCACUUCAGCACACGUCCACACUCUCCAACGAGUUCAUGUUCACCAAAAAUGAAAUUCUACUCAAUAACCUCAUUAACAUCUACAACGUCUCAACGUUACAACUCACCACCUUUCACUCAAGCAAUUUGUUUGGAGAUUUGCUGAGUAUAUCUUGGUCCGGUGAUUCACUGUGUUUAUACGACAAGUUUGGCUGGGCAAUGAUUUAUUACAUGAAGAACCUGGUAUACCUGACUAAUACAGUUCCUUCAAAGAAUGGAAAGAGUGAGAAGGACCAGGUGGCAAAUAGUGUCCCGACGAUUUGCUUCAAGACACACUUGACAUCAAAUUACAUGUCUUGGCUGGGAGAAUACUACGUACUGACAAUGGGUAAUGGAAUCCUAGAGGAAUCCAUAGAACGGGACAUCAUUUUCAUUAAUCUCACACUGGUUAAUGGUAGAGAACUUAAGAAGGAGUUAAAUUCACAAGAACCACAAGCUGAUCAGCCAAAUUCUGUUGAUACAAAUGGCGAUUUCGCCGUGUCAAACACCAAUCCCACCACUGAAAAUUCCAAUUUUGGGGAUCCUAAUAAUGGAAAUUCCAAUUUUGGGAAUUCCAGUGUUGAAAAUCCUAAUAAUGCAAAUUCCAACCCUGAAAGUUCAAGUAAUUCCGAGUUGAAAUCGGUGGGAAGAGAUGUGAUUAGUGGCAAGAGUUUGAAGACCUUUUCAGAGAACAGCGUGCCGUGUAUAUGCAUUUGGAACCUUGUGGAAUACAGCAACAACAACAUCCCAAAGAUUAAAAUAGUCUUGUCAUUUAUACACCCAGACGCGAGGGAACCUAAGGAUAAGGAGGAAACACCAAAAGUGACCAGCGUUUUACCGAUUAAAAACGACACGGUGACAAACGGCUCAAAGGAGGUUCAACUCGAGUAUGACCUGUUGUUGUUUGACUCAAUGGGCGUUUUGAGGGUUUUCAGCGUAACUGACAUGGACAUUGUCUUCACCCACGCACUGGAAAACACAGCGAUAAUCGCCACAUUCAUGCUCCUAAACGGGAACAUAGUCACCGUGACUGAGGACAGUAAGAUCAAGGUGUACAAACUCACGAGUUUAUACUCGAAACCUAAACUCAUAUUUGACACCGUUUCAAUAGUGAAACAGCCCCGCAGCGUAGUCAGCUCAACUUCAUUUGUCUCGAGCAUUGGAGAGUUUAUCUCACAAAAAUUCUCACGAGAGAAGCCGCAACCACCCCAACAACCCUUGAAAAUUAUAAAUGUUAAACUCUACAGCAGGCAAUUCAUUGCAAUUGUGUACUCUGACGAACAAGUCUCAACCACUCAACUACCAAACUUUGCCGUUUACUGAUUUUAAAAAUCAUAAUUUUAUCCUCUCA